GAAGUACUUCGCGGCGGAGGCCUGGGCGACUCUUUUGAAUGGAAUCGGGCUGAUUCAUCGCCGGUUCGCGGAGCCAGAUCCCGGCCGAGUCUGACCCCCCGCCGCCGCCCCGCCGCCGCCGCGUCACCGCCGCGGGAAGACCAGGGUCCAGGCCGCGGACCCCCGCCCGCCCCCAGGAGAGUGAAAAAAAUACUUCAAAAAAAAUCAUAACUGCCAGAAUUAGCAAUAGCUUGACUUAAGAAGAAACUUGUCAAAGUCAACAAAUUGAAGCUUAGCACCACAGGAAUUGUAGUUACUGACCAGAAAUAUGGACAGACUUCUUAGACUUGGAGGAGGUAUGCCUGGACUGGGCCAGGGGCCACCUACAGAUGCUCCUGCAGUGGACACAGCAGAACAAGUCUAUAUCUCUUCCCUGGCACUGUUAAAAAUGUUAAAACAUGGUCGUGCUGGAGUUCCAAUGGAAGUUAUGGGUCUGAUGCUUGGAGAAUUUGUUGACGAUUACACCGUCAGAGUGAUUGAUGUGUUUGCUAUGCCACAGUCAGGAACAGGUGUUAGUGUGGAGGCAGUUGAUCCAGUAUUCCAAGCCAAAAUGCUGGAUAUGCUGAAGCAGACAGGAAGACCGGAGAUGGUUGUUGGUUGGUAUCACAGUCACCCUGGCUUUGGUUGUUGGCUUUCUGGUGUGGAUAUCAACACGCAGCAGAGCUUUGAAGCCUUGUCGGAGAGAGCUGUGGCAGUGGUUGUGGAUCCCAUUCAGAGUGUAAAAGGAAAGGUUGUUAUUGAUGCCUUCAGAUUGAUCAAUGCUAAUAUGAUGGUCCUAGGACAUGAACCAAGACAAACGACCUCAAAUCUGGGUCAUUUAAACAAGCCAUCUAUCCAGGCAUUAAUUCAUGGACUAAACAGACAUUAUUACUCUAUUACUAUUAACUAUCGGAAAAAUGAACUAGAACAGAAGAUGUUACUAAAUUUGCAUAAGAAGAGUUGGAUGGAAGGUUUGACACUUCAAGACUACAGUGAACACUGUAAACAUAAUGAAUCAGUGGUAAAAGAGAUGUUGGAAUUAGCCAAGAAUUACAAUAAGGCUGUAGAAGAAGAAGAUAAGAUGACACCUGAACAGCUGGCAAUAAAGAAUGUUGGCAAGCAGGACCCCAAACGUCAUUUGGAGGAACAUGUGGAUGUACUUAUGACUUCAAAUAUUGUCCAGUGUUUAGCAGCUAUGUUGGAUACUGUCGUAUUUAAAUAAAGCAGUGCAGAAAGCUUUUAGUGAUACUUUCAGUGUACAUUACUCUAUUGUUCCUAAUACUCCAAAUCAAGGGACCUCUGAAGGUGUAUUUGGUUAAAUGUAAGACAUCUGGCAUCAUUUGCAGCACUGUAACACCUUCAGUCUCAGUUGUGCAAUUACUUCUGUUUCUUUAGUCAGGGUCUUUGCAGAUUCCAAAGUUAUAUAAGAAUACAUCAAAGUGGACAAAUUUUGUUAAGAUCUCAUUUAAUAUUUGAAGAAAUCAGUAACACAAAUAUAUUUUGAUUGUUGCUUACAAAAUAAAGUACAUUUACAAUCUAUGUCUCCUGAGGUCUUUUUGGCACUGGGUGGAAUUGACAGAAUAACAUUUGACAGUGCUUUAGAAAUUUCAUACUAAGAUAUGCUUCCCUGUGCAUUUUAAGAUUUUAUAACACAUAAAACAUCAAUGUGAUAACAAAACAUCUGAGUGGCUACCUCAUUAGUGGGUAAUGCAGAAAAAUGCUGACAUCUUUCAUUUAAAGGAUUUGUCACAAGUUAAUUUUGUAUAAACAAUAUAUCUUGUUAACAUACAGUCAGGAUCUCAGAAGAGUGCAAUUGAAGAAGGGGCAAUUUUGAUGUAAACUAUCAUUUUU